AUGAAGUUCUCAAGUAUUGUUGCGCCCCUCCUCCUGGCUUCGACCGUCGCCGCUGUUCCCGGCUGGAGAGAUUGGCAUGACGCGGGUUCGAAAUGCCCUCAGAGCACUUGCCUGACUCAAGCCGAUGCCGACGACAUUGUCGCCAAAUUCAUCAGCAUUCUUGAUCAUCCAGAUGUCGCUGCUUCGAAUGCCACUGCUCAAGCGUUGUUGGGCGACAACUUUUUUGAAAAGUCCGACUCUAUCAAUAUGCUGGCUGGUCACCCGAUCGGCGCUGUCACAUUCUCUGGCAAAACUCAGUACAUUCAAGGGGUUCUCCUCGCUCCAUCCAUCACGAACAUCACGACGCAUAAGACCAUGGUCGCUGGCUGCACAAACGUUCUAUGGUACUGGAACAUGGCAGGCAUUGGAAGCAAGCAGAUACCAGUCAAUGGAUUCAACCUCUUUGAGAUCACUGCCGAGAAACAAAUCGCUGACAUGUAUGUCGAAUUCAACAACAUCGGCUGGGGCAUCGACACUGGUUUCACAGUCUACAGCCGCAAUGGCACCAAACUUCCUUUGGCAUAG